CUACAGCGAAAUUCACAGCAACUUCAAUGUCCACUUUCUCUGUGUGAUAAUGUAUUGCCCGUAUACAUGCAGAUGUUAGCCUAAGUCUAAGACUGAGUGUACCUGGUGCUAAAAAUCAAAAUAACACAAAGGAAUGGACAACCAAUCAUUUGUACAGUGUAGGCCACAUUUCAUGCGACAACCAUGGCGCACUGGGGCGCUUGGCCAAAUUAUGUCCCCACCAAUAUCAACACCGUUUUUACGCCCUUGGAAGGACCAACGGGCUGACAUUCGCCUUUUUUUCCAGACAAGUCACAGACAUGAUGAGUCUGUCACAGACAUGAUGAGUCUGUCACAGAGAGUCACAGGCAUGAUGGAGGAAGGGAACAGACAGAGACCUGCUCUGAAGAUGAACUGGUUUGUUGUUAACAUGGAUGCCAUUCCACUUCUUUCACAAGCCAAAUCGCUGGUACAGCUUGCUUGUGGUGACACUGAGGGAGCAUCUAGAACACAGAAGAACUUUGUUAGGCGGUGCCCUGUUGUAUCACAGGCUGUUGCACUUGGUGCAAAACUAGCAGGAGAAGAUGAAGAGGCUGAAGAAAUAUGGAAAGAGGGGUUAGAGACAAUUGGUGGUUUUGCUGAUGGCAUGCCUGUCAUUGGUCAUGUGAAAGGAGCAAUACACUAUGCCUGUGGAGAUAAGAAAGGUGGAGAUGAAGCAAUGAAAUCUGCAUCCAGAACAGCUGGAAGCAUGGCUGGAGGAAUUGUCGGAUUUGUAGUGGGUGGCCCAGUUGGAGCGGUCGUUGGUGGAAUAGAAAGUGCAGCAGCUAUGGAUCUUAUUACAACCGCUGUUGAUUCAGCAGUACAUGAGGAAUUCCGUCCUGCUGGCUAUUUCGCACAAAUCGAAGGAGUCACUGAAAAUCCUAAGGAUCCUGGCAAAUGGUUCGAUCUUGCUGUAACACCUGCAUUUGAUGGGCUAGCUGGUUAUGGAGCAGGAGAAGUAUACUCAAGAUGGAAACCAGUGAAACAAACUCAUGCCAUGAGUAAGAAGAUUGGGGUUGCUGCCACUAAAGAUGUGGUCAAGAACGCUGACAUGGUGCGGGCAAAGGUGUCAGAUGGCACGUUGCCAUCUCGUGAGUCUGUUACUCAUACCAUGGUUCGAGAUCUGAAGACAAACGAAGUGCAUUAUGGGGUGAACCGCAGAGCAAGGCUUGAUGUUGGUAGACCAGUGAACUUACAAGAAGCACCAUUAAGUGAACUACAGAGGAGAAUACCACAGGAAAUUAGUGGUAGAAAGGCAAAUGCUCAUCGGGCAUGUGCAGAGCAUCAGGCAUAUAACAGCUAUUACAGAAGUCGCGAGGGAGCCUUACCUGCAGAGAGUCGCUGUACCACAGUACGACGUCUGGUCAACAGAAAUACUGGGCCCAUUCCCGGAGUCUGCCCGUCAGUCUGCUUUGCUGUACUCCUCACAGGGCCUCUGUUUGCUACUGUGGAGACAAUCUCGAGCAAUGUGUCCCUUCUGAUUGCAGUGGUAGCAGGUUGCGCCUUUUAUCCAGGACGGGUCACCCCGGCAGGGCUUUACAUUGGCACCUGCCAAAUGCAGCAGCCUUUCUGCGUGUGCAGCAUACUGCUCGAUCUUGGUGAGGCUCAGGAGUGCCCUCUACUGCAGCCAGGGUCACAGGCCUGGUCAGGCCACUGUGUUCCUCGUGCGUGGCAGUGAGACGAGCGAGAAAUGCUGACACCACUUCACCAUCUUCUUGCUUACACAUACUGAUCUUAGUCAUGUCUAUGUUCAAGGGAAAAGCUUCAAUCAGACGAGCACAGAGAGCAGUGAAGGUAUUUCUAUACUCACUAUUGCCAUCCGCUGGUUGGCUUCUGGCCACUCUCUGGAAACCUUGCUCCAAUCUAUACCCAUCUUGGUCAUGAGUAGGCGGCGAAGUUCAUGGGUGGUUGGUUGGAAUUCUCUGCAAAACAUCAACAGUUCAUUACCAAAUCUCUUUCCUCCUACCUCUCUCACAUUGGGAAGGGAAACCAUGCACUCCUUCAUGUCAGCUGUCAUCCAGGGUCUGUGGACUAGAAGCUCCAGCUCCAGCCACUUCCACCAUUGGAAGAUGAAGGACUUCAGACUUUAGGUUACGGCCUUGUGGACCCACUGGUGAGCAUGUGGUCAGGUCCAGGAAGGUGCCUCUUCCGUCGCCAUACACAAGACCGGAUCUCGUGUGUGACGGAGAAGCGAGGAGAGACGCUGACGCUCGAGGCGGCUGGUAGGCUGGCAGAGAUUCCAGAGGCUCAGGUGUUUUUUUUUUUUUUUGCUUUGUCUCAACUUCUCCCCCUUUCUGUGGGUGAGGCGCUUGUGGGAGUGAUGCUCCGCCUUGCUGAGGAGGCAGUGUGUGUCAGGGUGGUGGGGCAGACUCCAGGUCAGGGUCCAUCUGAAAUUUCAAACACUGAGAAGAGGGUGAGAGCCCUGCCUGUCAUUUCUCUCUUUUGUACUCUCUCUUAGGUGUUUCUUCUUUCCAUGCAGAAAACGCCCUCCAGUCCCCUAGGAACUUAACAUUAUCUGCAGACUCUUCUUUUUCCUUCCGUUUCAACUUUUUUCUAACUGUUCUAUCUGCCUGGGACUAAAACUGCCCUUCUCAGGGAAUCCUGUCCUUUACCCAUAUGUCAAACUGUGCCAAACAAUCCUCGCCAUACGAGGUUUUCAUAAACUGGAUGUUUGGGCUGUCAUAGGAACACCCAAUUCUUAUUAUAGCACAUGUAGCCUCAGGCUUACUUGCUUUUUUCUUUUCUUUCUGUAACUUGCCGUUUCUGUUCCCCAUUGUACCCUGUUAUAUCAAUAGGUUAUGACAACAAUGGCUGAGUUUCUUUACUAGGAUCACAAGAAGAAUAGGUUGGACUAUGUCCAAAAAUGCGACACAAUAAUCCUUUAGGUAUGUUCUUAUUAGUAAACAAUUUAUCUGACAUUUACCUUAAGCUAAAAGUAGGCAUCAUUUAGCACAACAACCUCAAAGACAACUCAUGCAUGUGUACAAGAUCUAUUUCUCUGUUUCAGAAUUUGGAGGACAGUACUCUGUUAAUUCAUCACUAUUUUGCGUGCACACCGGUAUGUCUUGGCGACUUCAUGAUCAAACCUCUCUAUCCCAUUCCUAUGAUGGGCCAGUUGUUCACACAGAACAAAGGGAGCAAGAUUCAAUUCUUUCCCAGUUACAGAUCGCUGAACGUGAAUCCAUCGAAACAUGCCCCCUUAUUUCACACUCUCAAGUAGGUGAGCCGUUACCCAGUCAUCACUUAGGUGGAUUUUUCUCAUACACAACCCACUAAACUACUCACGGUUUAUUGUCUCAAAACUGUGUUUUAUCCGUUUCUGCAAACAUAUUGAUGGUACCACAGCUUAGCAGUCCUCCUUGACUAGGACAAAUUUCUGUCCAUCUCUUAUAUCAGGAUUCCUUGACUAGGACAAAUUUCUGUCCGUCUCUUACAUCAGUCUUUAAAUACUGUUUCCACUAAUUUCUUUACACAAGAAUGCAAAAUUAUCACUUACUGGUUUGGUGAGCCCUGACUGUCUGGUCUCUCAUCCGAGUUUUCAGCUCCGCACCAUGGCCUUGGGAGUGUCCUGUCGUCCAAGGAUCAGAUGCGUAGAGCCCACUCAGGGACGCCAAAUUGUAAUGGAAGCUUCUAAUAAACACUUCAGAAUGCUUAGCAGUUGUCUUUUCAGUUAUUUAUUAGAGUAAAUCAUAUAAAACAGAGAUAUAAAACAGGAAAAGGAAAGAAGAAGACACCACCUCAGGUGAUGCCGAGAGUGCACACUCUGAGUUGUGUCUUAGUGGCUAUUAUCUAUUAUACUCUAAAGGCCUACUGUUCGUGUUUGUACACGACUGGCUCGAGGCUUGGCCUUGAAGUUAGACAUCGGCUCUUUGUUAAAGCAGACAAACCGGUGUGCUGUAAUUAAGCGCCGUGGACGCGUGGUCAGGCAUAAACAAGGCAGCCUGCUUAUCACCAGCCGUUGAGCCAAGGACACAGAAACACAGAGAAUAGGAAUGUUCAUUCACUAAAUUUCCUUCACACAUAUUUUAGAUUCUUCAAAGUAGCCACGGUUUAGCCCCCCCCCAGGCUACAGGAAUGAAAGACAGGACAAGAAAUAAAAGGGAUACAAAAAAUUAUCCCUCACUAACCAAAAAAAGACAAAAAGCAGGAAAGACAAAUCAAAAACAGAUUUAAAAUGAAAAAAAAAACCUUGUCAUACUUGUACAAUGAUUGUGAUGCAAGAGAGAGAGCAAAACCCCAUCAUCUCCCAACCACAGUGUUUGUGUGGCCUAUCAAGAUCGCAACAUUCAUUGGCAUGCAAAGGUCUGGACUAAAUCUGCUGCAUGCUGGUGCAAAGCUUCACCAGCCCAGGCACUGCCCCAGCUCAGCCCAUUUGAGCCGCCAGAUGCAGUAAUGCACAGCACCGGCCACCCCAUGCCACACUAGCACCCACCCACCGCCAAGCCAUCCACUGGGAGAUGGCAGAGCAUCUAUAUAUAUACAGUGCUCAGCGUAAAUGAGUCC